AUGAUCACCAUGAGUGAUCUAAGCGAAGCGUCCAUUCUUUGGAAUAUUAAAGUGCGAUAUGAUCAUCGACAAUUCUAUACAUACAUCGGCAGUAUUCUUGUUGCUGUCAAUCCAUAUCAUAUGUAUCAUGACAUGUACUCGACGACCUAUGUACGAAAAUAUGAAAAUGCUCUCGUGAUGAAUUCAUUGCCUGCACAUAUUUUUGCAACAGCAUCGUUGGCACAUAAUAAAAUGUUGACAGAUAAGAUGAAUCAGUGUGUUCUGAUUAGCGGUGAAAGUGGCGGUGGAAAGACACAAAGUACAAAAUUAAUUAUGAAUUAUUUAGCUACAGUGAAUCCGGGAAAGAAUAAACUGAUAACUGAACAAAUUCUCGAAGCAUCCCCACUCCUCGAAUCGUUUGGCAAUGCGAAAACCGUUCGAAAUGAUAAUUCUUCACGAUUUGGCAAAUACAUUGAAAUCUAUUAUUCUCAGAAAUCGAUUGUUGGAGCAAAAUUAUCCGAUUUUCUCUUGGAAAAAAGCCGUAUUGUUACACAUUCAACUGAUGAACGUAAUUAUCAUGUUUUCUAUGAACUGCUCGAGGGUUUCGAUAAUGAAGAAAAACGUAAAUACGGUUUAACGACCCCCGAGAAAUAUUUUUAUCUCAAUCAAGGUGCUUCAAUGGCAAUAUCAAGUAAAUCUGAUGCGAAUGAUUUUCAAUCUUUAUUAACUGCGAUGAAGAUUCUUAAUUUCACAAAAAACGAACAAGAAACCAUUUUCAAAAUUCUCGCCGCCAUUCUACACCUAGGAAAUAUCUAUUUCUCUCGAAAUAUCGAAGAUCCCAGUCACGAUCUAAUUCAAAUAAGUUCAAAAACUGAAAUUGAAUGGUGUUCACAUCUACUUGGUCUCAACGAUCAAGGCCUUCUCCAAAAUUUAACUCAUAAAGUCACCGAAGCACGUGAUGAACGCCUUCUCUCACCUUUUAAUCUUGAACAAGCUUUAGAUUCACGUGAUGCAAUUGCCAAAGCUUUAUACUCAACAUUAUUCAGUUGGUUAGUUGCCCGUAUCAAUCAAAUCGUUCGCGUGAACAAUACUGUCGAUAACAGUAUUGCCAUAUUGGAUAUAUUCGGUUUCGAGAACUUUUCAAUCAAUAGUUUUGAGCAAUUGUGUAUCAAUUAUGCAAACGAAGCGUUGCAAUUUCAUUUUAAUCGACAUGUUUUCAAAUUAGAGCAAGAAGAAUAUGCAAAGGAAAAAUUAGCAUGGAAGAAGAUCGAUUUUGCUGAUAAUACUGACUGUUUGGAUUUGAUUGGGAAAAAACCAAAUGGUAUUUUACAAAUUCUCGAUGACGAAAGCAAUUUUCCCAAGGCUACGGAUCAUUCAUUUUUACAUAAAUGUCAUCGUCUUCAUGAAUCGAAUCGUUUGUAUGGAAAGCCACGUUUAUUAAAAACAACGUUUAGUAUUCGACACUAUGCGGGUGAAGUUGAAUACGACGUUCGUGGAUUUCUCGAUAAAAAUCGUGAUUUACUACGUGGUGAUGUUAUUGAUUUAUUCUCUUCAAGUCGAAAUGAAAUUCUCGCGAAUAUGUUUCGCGAUAUUCGCGAUGUUUACGAAUCGCAUCGCGGUUUUCAUUUUAAAACAGGUCGUUUCAUUACGAUGAAAGCGAAAACGCCAACGGUGUCAGCGAAGUUUUCCGAUAGUUUAUCGCAUCUAAUCGAGACAAUGACUCGUUGUCAGCCAACAUUCAUUCGUUGCAUCAAACCAAAUAAUGAUAAAACACCGAAUAAGCUGGAAUUAUCUGUGGUAUUGGAGCAACUACGGAAUACAGGAAUGUUGGAAACUGUUCGCAUAAGAAAACUCGGUUUUCCCCGACGAUAUUCAUUCGAACAAUUUGCUACACGAUAUCGUUGUCUGAUACCGAACUCGCCUGGUAAUAUCGACGUAAAAGAAACGACCGUGCAUAUUCUCAAUAACUUAUCGGCAAAAUUUACUUUAAAAUACCAAAUUGGGAUAACAAAAAUCUUCCUACGCGAAUCAUUAGAAUAUCAUCUUGAAAAAGAACGUUCACUCGUGAUAAACAAAGCAGCAUCAACAAUUCAACGUGCGAUUAAAAGCUACAUUCAACGGAAACAAUUCGAAAAGCAACGUCGAGCCGUUGUUCUCUUACAAAAACAAUAUCGUCGUUGGCUUGAUAAUAAAAAUUCACCAGCGACAGGUCGUUUUCAGCGACGACCAAGUCUUGGUACGUCAAUAGCCCGAGCGAUGAUAUCUAUGAGUCCAGAUGUGACUUUCGAAACAACGAGUGAGAAAUCAACGAGUCUUAGUAUUCGACUAUGUGAAUCAGGUCAAUCAUCACUUUCCGUCACAUCGUGUUUCUCUCCUUCGACAGCUAUGAGUAAUAUUACAGAAAAUAGUUCAACGGUAAAUUCAUCAUCACAGCAAACAACAACUACAACAUCACAAGAUUAUCAGUUCAAUUUAUUGGAAAUACCCAAUGAAUUAGAUUUAGUGUUUCGUCGUCUGGAUGCGUGGGAAGAACCACAUAGUGACGAACAUAUUAUUGAAACAUCACGAUCUACACAUGUCAUUCCAAGUGAACAACUUUCAUUACCACCGAACAAUACAGAAAAAUCAUCGUUUUUAAAAUAUAUUCAGGAACAUACUUAUCUUGGAAACAAAUGGGAUCGUUUGUUAACACCUAUCGAAGUACCAUUGACGAACAAUAUUUCCAAUCAACAGCAAACUCAAUUAGCACUGUCAUUAUUCAAAUUAAUUCUACGUUUUGUCAACACAUCAGAACACGAAGCAAAACGGGAUCGUGCUCUGGGUGAUUACAUAGUUCAAAUUGGUUUAAUGAAUGAAAUAUUACGUGAUGAGAUCCUCAUUCAGAUAUUAAAUCAGAUUUGGAAUAAUAUGGACCUGAUUCGAUUGCAUAAAGCUUGGUUGUUAAUGUUAAAUUGCAUCAGCUGUUUUUCUCCAUCAUCGAAAUUAUAUAAACAUCUGUACCAAUUUAUUUUCGAAGAAAAUCCAGCAAAUAGUGAUUUGGCGAAACGAAAAUUAUUGGCUGCUGGAGGCGCCGACGCGCCGAGGACGUAUCCACCGACCCAGUUAGAAUGGGCUGCUAACAAACGUUCAUCACCGAUGGCACUGCAGGCUGAAUUCUCUGAUCAUUUUGAAGCGAUAGGAGAAGUUGAAUCAUGGAUGACGGGCGAACAAUAUGCAUACGAAUUAGUAUCCUCUCGUGGUAUAAUCAAAGAUUAUUGCUCGGGAUGGACAGUUUCAUUAGAAGAGGAUGGAAAUGAAAUUGAAUUAAUGGGACAUGAUUAUAUUCUCGAUUUAAUCGGCGAGUUAGAGAUUCCACCGUGUGCACCUGUUUGCAAAUCGUUUUUUCUCAUUCAUGAUGGCCGCGAUCGAUCAUCGAAAACUCCACGACGACGAAAUUAUCGUACAACAGUCAGAUCGAAAGAAUGGUAUUUAAAAGUCGAUAACUCUCGUUCAAGUCGUUUGUCUAAAGCUAGUCGUCAGACUUCAUCAUCCAAUCAUUCAUCGCCAUACAAAUAUCCAAGACGUUUCAGUAGUGAUGAACAACAACAAUCAAUCGAAAAAAAAUAUACUAAACGUCACUCACCUGUCUACCAUGACGUACCGAUGACUAGUAACAAAUCGGAUUUUUCGGAAUCAUCUUCCGAAUUAUCCGAUGUUCAUACAUUGUUUCCACCGCCGCCAGCAUCAGCGACAAAGGAUCUAUUAAAAACAGAUGCAACUAGUGCCUACUCAAUGACAGAUGAUCUCCCAGCCGAAAUUCCUAUUCGAAAAAGUGAAUUGAAUGUUCCUUCGCAUCCUAAAACACCACCGUUGCCUCCUGUACGUUCAUCGACAAGAUCGAGUAGAGAACCAAUAAAAAAAGAUGAAAAAUCGAUUGAAAAGCGGAAACAAUCUUCGACGAAUAAAACGAUACUAAAACCAACACCGCCUUUGCCCGUUAUCGAACCAAGCGAAUCAAUUCGUAAAGCAAAUACGUUCACAUCGUCAUCACAUUCAAUGAUCGAUGCAGGUUGUAGUGGACAUAUUCUGUCAAAAAUACCUGCUCUACGUUGUUUUCGGCCAAAUAAACAACAUCAUACACAAAAGUUUCAUAAAACAUCACCAUUACCUCCGCCACCACUUGUAGUUAGUGAUUAUAGUGGGCCGGAAAAUGCGAAUUCAUUUUAUGGAGAAUUCUCUGUAUGUUCAGAUGCUCCAACAAAUCUCAACCAAUACGAAAAGAUUGGUUCGUCGAUUCAUCACACCGCAAAACUCAAUGGACAUCCAGAUGAUUAUCAUCUGUCAAGCACAUAUUCAGACGGAGGAAUUGUUGGUGAUAUGACUGAAUAUGAAGCAGAAGAGAUUCCAAUUAAGAAGAGCGCCUCACAUUCAAAAGAUAUUUCACGACCGGGAACCAAGUUUAUCAAAAAUAAAAACACAAAGCCCAAAUCUGGUUAUCCUCAAGCGAAAAAACAAGGCAAUUCAAUAUUUGAUUCCGAAUCAAUCGCCACGAUAACCGAUCUUCCAUUGCCGUGCCACAAAUCUGACGUCGAAGCGUUUCUUGAUGAUCUAUUCGAGCGUGCACUUGAUCCAAAAAACCUUGCGAAGAAAAAAAACAAAACAGCAUUAUUAUCAACAAUAGAUCAACGUCGCUUACAAAUGAUAUCGAAUAGUCGAAUGGAUCAAUCAACACGUCGUCGUGGCCUGACGAAUUUCCUCCACAAAACACAAUCACAUAAAAAAUCAUCCAUUCGAUCGGCUCCCCGUGCUAUUAGUGCACAAGAUCAAACUCAUCACAAGAAAAAAAGCAAGAUUGAUAAAGAUCUAUCGGAAAGAAAGAAGCGUACAAAAAGCAAGAAGAAACGCUAUGAAAACUCUAACAUCAACAAUAAUAACAACAACAAUGCAUUGAUGACAGAGCAGAGUUUUAUGUCAUUUACGAGUGAAAACUCCUUAAUGUUACCUCAAAUUGGGUAUUCCAGUCGUGCCGACAUGAGCGAUACAAGCGAAUAUGCAAGAUAUGCUCGCGGACCGAAACAUGACGUGUUCUAUCGACAACCAAGUGGCACUCGUCGUUGUGACGUGAUCUGCACUUAUGAUUCUGACGAUGCCGAUUGUUCAUCUGAUAAAAAGAAUAUCAAACUUAUUCCAAUUAAUCCUGAUGUUUGUUUCGCAACAACGACAUCAACAAUAAACAGCUCGAAGCAAUCGAUAACAUCAUCGUCACCGGCGAAAUCAAAUGGACCUGUGUUUGUACCAGUUAUCGAUAUUAGUGGAAAGAAAUACUUACCUGUCUACUUAAAACAAUCCAACGAAACCGAUAAUUCAGCUAACCAACUUGAUAAAAUGCCAUUGCGUCUGAAUAAUACGAUUUCACAAUUGGUAUCAUCCAAUCCAAUUUUAUCGUCGAAGAAAACACCAACAAUUAUAGAAGAAAACGAAAUUGAACCAACGUCGAUGCCUUCAUCGCCUGUGCUAUCAAAGCCGAACCUGUGUGUCGAACGUCUCUCGAUCUCACAACUCGAUACUCAAUUCCAACAAGGAUCGAAAGAUUAUCCAGUAACCAAUAAUCAUAAACAUGCGAUUAAAGUUCCAUCACAUAUAUUGACACGACGUUCUCCUGAAUUUCAAAAAAAUCUUCGUGCUAAAACAGUGCGUAUCGGUAAAAUUCGUUGGCCACCCCCACUCAAUGCUGAAGAAAUAGAUAGUGCUAAUCAACACAGACGACUGCUCGUUCAACGCCGUAUUCAAGAAGAAAUCCAUGGCGCUAAACCUACUCCAAGCGAACCAGAUCAAACAAAUAAUUUUAACAACAUUAACCAUGAUCCUCCUCCCAUACUUCCAGAUCAACAUCAACGUCCUCUAAGUAGUACGCAUUAUGUGAAGGGCGUUAAUAUAGAACAGAAAGUUCCGACUGACCGACGCGUACAAUCCGACGAAAAACUCCUUUCUCCAAGUACCAACGAUCCUCAGAAAAAGUCACCUGUUACGAAGACAUUGCUGGACUUAAUAUCACCAUUAUCAGAUGCUGUUAGUGAUGAUGAUAUGUCAACGAAUGAAAUUGUUGCUCGAAAUCAUUCAUCAAGAUUGGAUUUUCAUAAAACAUUGACACCCAUGAUUGGAAAAGAAAAUUUCGAACUGAGGAAAAAAUUAUUCGAACAUCCGGAUGAAUCAUCCCUGGCUGAUACGAUUACGAUUCCAAAUGAUAUCCCAAAUACAAGUAAACAUUCUUCGAGACAAUUACAACAUUUUCUCAUGUAUCAUAACAUAACAUGGAUAUUAAAACUUCGCAAAGAGGUUUUCUCCCCGGCAGAAACAUUCGAUCAACCAAUUUUAAUCGAAUUAUUGUAUCUUCAAAUCGUACGUGAUACCUUUUCAUCAAUUUGCAUCCGCAUCAGUGAAGCUGAACGAACAAACAUGAAAACUUACCUAUCUUCGCAUGGUGUCGUAGUCGUUGGUGAUAUUGAUUUAAUCAAUAAACUAUCCGCAAAGAAAUCCGUUAUUGAACAAGCACGUCAAUGGCCAACGUAUUUCUGUCGAUUCUUUCCUGUUUCCAUGCCGAAAUAUCACUCUGGUGAAGUACAAAUGUUAGGGGUAUCGCAUUCAGGUGUGCGAUUAAUUAAACGAAAUCGAAGUAAAACUGCCAGUGACACAUUGCAAGUUCUUGAAACCUUUCUGCUCGAUUCUAUUCAACAAACAUCUUCUAUUCGAAACGGUUCUACUAUUGAUUUACGCUUGACGAAAAAACGUAUUACCAUUCAUUCACAUCGGAUUCAAAUUAUUAAGCAAAUAAUCGACAAAUUUCUCAAAGAAUCACGCCUUGGCCAUGGCAAACAUUCGCGAACAUCCAACCACAAGAAAACUUCUCAGGAAAACUUCUCUCCAAACUUAAUCUCGACUACGAGUGAUCUUUUCAAAUCUUCCAGUCAAGCAAGUUUGCUAAGUUGCAGUCAAACAUUCAGUGAAUUAAUUCCAUCAGCAUCAUUCGAUGCUCACACACCAAAACCAACCAAAACUGAUCUUGUUUCCCCAACAAUAUCAGCAUUACCCAAUGGACAUUCCAUGAUGGAAUUUGCUUUACAAAACUUCAAACUUCAAAAUAAACGACGAUCCAAGAAGAGUUGGAAAAAUUCAGAAUGGACUUGGCAAGAGUAUAGUGAGUUACUCAAAUGGUCAAAAAAUCCCAUACACUCACCACUACUUCAGCAUUCAUCGAAUGAUUGUAUCCGCAUUGCUCGACAAUGUUUUCUUGCAAUCAUGCGUUUUAUGGGCGAUCAUCCGAUGUCACGUGGUCAAACUGAUAUCGAUUGUUUAUUGUACAUACUCAAAAGUAUGCAUAAGCAUCGAACGUUAAUCGAUGAAAUUCUUUGUCAGCUUAUCAAACAAUUAACUGAGAAUAAAAGUACGAAAAAUGAUAGUGUUCAAUAUGGGUGGAAGUUAUUGGUCAUUAUUCUUAAUUAUUUCACUCCAAGUCCACAUUUAAGACCAUACUUUGUUAAAUACCUCAAUGAUAAUAUCAAUCAAAACGAGAAAUUGGUACAACUAUGUUUGAAUCAUUACGACCAAACCUUGAAAUACGGUGGACGAAAAAAUACACCCAGUAAAGCGGAAAUCGAUCUUCUAACAGCGAACGGUCGAAACGGAGGAAAACGUCAAACGUUUUUAUUACCAGGCGGCAAUCCAUUAACCCUAUUGACAACACCAUCGAUGGUAAUUGAUGAUUGUCUAAAUCUCAUAUGCGAACGAUUCAACAUCACCAAUAGUUUAGAGCAUGAUGAAUAUUCCAUUUUUAUUAUUAGUCCUUCAGAUCAAUCGUCACGUUUACUCAAUCCUACGGAGUAUUUGUUCGAUGUUUUGAGUGAAUGUGUUCGAUCGAAUAUGGUUGAUUAUCAUUUGAUUAUGAAACGUAUGCUUUGGUAUACCAUUCCCAUGACAUUUGAUGACAAUAACAAAUCGGAAAUGUUCGUCGAUUUUAUGUAUCAUCAACUCAUACCUGAAUUACUUGAAGGUACAAUAAUUGUUAUUAAAAAUAAUCAUCUAUCUGAUGAAUUAAUGCAAUCAAUUUCCUUAAUGGCUGCUCUUCAAUACCGUGCGUCGAAUAAGAUUGGUUUACCUUCAAUGCGUGAAGUAAAACAUCUUCUUCCAGCUACGGUGUUGAAAUUAAAAAGUGUUCGUCCCCAAGUAUGGACAACAACAGUACAUGAAAAACUUUAUUCAUCAGUUGAAACUAUGACAAUAAAUGAAGCUAAGAUGAAGCUUUUAGAUAUUAUUCAAACAUGGCCUCUAUUUGGCAUGACGUUUUUUGCUGUUCAGUCUGUGGAUGAUCCAUCGAUUCGUUCACCAUGUUUAAUUGGUAUUUACAAAAAUGGAAUCUUAUUUCUCGAUAUUGAUACACGAGAAACUCUGUUUUCAAUCUCGUACAAUGACGUUGUUUCUAUUCGUCGUCAUCAAAAUUCAAUCGAUAUUAAAUAUGGCAGCUUAAAUCAACCUCGCAUCCUUCAAUGUCAAGUCGAAAGAGCACAAGAUCUCGUUGCAUUAGCUGGACGUUAUUUGAGUUUUGUCGGUCGAAGUUUAUCAACUGCAAUGGAAAGAAAAAGUGAAAAUCAAACACAUCUACAUUCAUCUAUAUCUGCAUAUCAUGAUCCAAUUAGUACAAUCUUGUAA